GCUUUUAUAUUGGAGGCAAAUUCACCUGGUUUCCGGUCUAACCCUGGCUAACUCUAUUAUCUUGACGCAGCGCGGCCCUCCUCUCAACUCUCCGUCCGCCCAUUUACUAAAAUAUACACCGAGUUCGUUUUCACAAAAGUUUUGGCUUAAACAAGUUUUUUACAGAAAGUUAUAGACACAGAACAUAAGAACAUAUGCGAACUUUAGAUUGAACAACCAGGAGCAAACUACUUUCAAUAGAUGUUGUCUAUUGCUGUGAGGGCUAUCCUAAGAAAUGCUAGGUUUCUUACAGUUUGAUGAAUUUGCCGAAAAAUGGCAGAGCAUGAACUGAUACCGGGAUGCGCCACCGAUGUUUUUGUCAGUUUUUCCGAGUCGCUGCACAUAUACACAGGGCUGUUAACAGUGGCUACAGUGUGUGGAGGACUCUCGGGGAUUUUAGCUGCUGCUCUUUUAUAUGUCUUCUGCUUGAAGCCUUUGCUGUUGACGAGACAAGGCUACAAUGCAAGGAGACUGCUUGAACCUGAUGCUGGGGACUUGGACAACAACCAAAGUGACUGUAUCAGCAACAGCCGAAAGGAGGCUCCAAGUGGCACCACCAAUGUCAAAGAGAAGAAGCAGUCACCCAUGAACAGUGAUGUGGCUGCAUUUGCAUCCAGAGCGAAGGUGGUUUAUCCCAUCAACCAAAAGCACAGACCUUUAGCAGAUGGAGCAUCCAACCCGUCACUACAUGAGCACUCCAAGAUGCCGGUAGCGCCUAAUGAGGAGUCAUCCUCCUCCACAGAUGGAGAGUCUCUGAGUCAAGAGCAGGACAACGAUGACAGCAGUCAGUUUAUCUCCUCUUCGCUGGUCCCCAGGAGCCUGCAGAACCAGAGCUUUACCAGGGUCUCCUACUACCCUUACACACUGACACAACCAGGUUUUGAAGGCAGAAUCAGCCUUUACUGUUUGGCCUUGCAGGAUAUACAACAGCAUUGCUCUCAGCUUCAGGAGGAAAAAUUCCAAAUUUUUCUUCAAAUGGUGAAAUUAAUAUUCAGCUUCCAGUUUCCAAAACACAAAAGCGAUGCUGACUUCUCCAAGAACAUUUUUCAAAUGCAAGAAAAGAAACUGAAUGAGCUGAAGAAACUGUUGCCAACAGGCCACACUGCUGGCGAGAAGAAUGAUGAUGCUCCCUGUACAUUGGAGGAGACUGAGAGAGCUCAGAAAGAUCUCCUUGAACACGGCCUUCAAGUGUCCAAAGGUUUCAGCAAACAGGUGGAGGACUUGUGUCAGCAUCUGCUAAAGAAGACCAGUAUUUUCUCGACAGAUGAAGCCCAGGAUGUGAUUCACUCUCUCAUUCAGGCUCUCCUCUUAGUAGAGAACCACCUAGUGAACAUACAAACAGUAGAUCUAAAGAGGAUCCAGCAGAAGUUGUUGUGGUGGGAGGAGCUAAUGGGGCUUCUUCAGUCCCAACCUGCCUUGCUAAGGUGGGAAAUGUCUCUGAGGCAGGGCCUGAUAGCAACAACACUGGAGCAGCUAACAAGUGAUGACAUCUUGAGCUUUAGCCACAUGGAAAAGAUCCUCUCAGAAGUUCAGGCUGCUCUGACAGAAGGCCUUCAACAGUGCACUGAGGAGUGCACGAGGAAGACAAAGGAGCUGGUGACUGACAAGUGCAGCAAACUGGAGUCCAAGAGGAAGAAGCUUCAGAAGAGCCAGACUAAAGAAAAGGCUCAUGCACUGGAACUGAGACAGGCUCACUGUGACAUACAGCAGCUCCCCAAGGUGUACCAGGAGAUGCUGAUGAAACACAGGCAGCAAGUGUCUGACUUGGAGCUGCAGCAGGAGAACAGGGUGGCUGAAGCCCUCUGUGACCUGUGGAGGAAACUUCGUAUAUCUUGGUCAAAGAGUCUUGGAGUGCGGGCCAAGGAUGUUUUCCUUGCGUCUGUCCCUGCCCAGUCAAAGCUCUCUGCUAAGCACUGUGAGAAGCUGUGGUUGGAUCUGGAGCAAGAACUAGCUGCACAGCUGCAGCAUGCAGAGAGCACUGUCAAGCUGCAACUAGAGGACACGAAUGUUCAGCUGAUUAAAGAGGGACAGGUCUGGAAUGAGGAGAUGGCUCUGGUACAGGCCUGUCUCAGACAUCUGAGCAAACAACAGAUGAAGAUCCUCCGAGCAACAGUGGCCAGACAGAGCUACACAAUCAGCAGCCAAGUGGGGAGGCUGAUAGAGAAGAAACAUGAGCACCUGUUGGUGGCAGUACAGAGAUACUUUGUGGUCAGGCACUUCUGUCUGCACAUGCUGAAAGAGAUGAGGCUGUCCAAGCUGAAGGCACUCUCUCAGACCGAUUUCAGAGCUCUGCUAAUGGAAGAUCCCAGUAAAAGCCAGCUCUUUGCCAAUUCAUCUCUCAAGAAUAGUAGUGCCAGCCUAGCAGAGAGGCAUCUUGGUCCAGAGAGUCAGCUGGUGGACCACAGCUUCCAGCAGGAGUUCCUUUCUGAACUGGAAACAGGGGCAGAGCUUCUUCAGAGCUAUGCACAGCUGGUGCUAGGCAAUGCCCUCAGCCAUGCUAUCCAACAGAUAAUGGAGGCCCCGCCCACUGAAUUACAGACCUCUCCAAAAAUGGGCAAUGGCUUGAAGGACCACCUGACAGAGGCUGCAUCGGAGAGCGUAUACAUGACCAAAGAUUCACUCUCUGUGCUGGUCCAGAGGUAUUAUUCCCAGCUACAGGACAUCACUAAAAAACUACAACAGGAUCAGUUGAGCAUAAACCAGGAGGUGCAUGAGAAGCAAGAGAGCAGCAGUCAGCUGACCCAAGCUUUGCAGAGAGAGCUGGUGAACUGGGCUAAAAAGCCCACCUCUGCUGAGUUUCAACAGAGGGUGGAACUUCACAAAAGGAGGGUGUUGGAGCACUGUGAUCUGGAACCAGAGAUCAUGUAUGAAGAACUGAGGCGGAAGAAAGUAGCUCAAGAUCAAACCAUGGAAAGGAUCAAAGGACAGCUCCUGGUAGUGUGCUUCAUGUCUUCUGUACUUCUCUACUUGAUGGAGGCAGAAGAAAGCUUCAUCACUGAGCUGGCAGCCUUGGCCCGUGUUUCUCUCCACAGUCCAGAUCCAGAUCCCAGCGGUGAAGAGGACAACACGGGUGAUCAGAGGACCACAAUACUGGACUUGCUGGCCCUGAACCCAGCAUUAGAUCCAGCCUUGAAUCCUUCACUGACUCCAACUAUUGUAACUCCAGUGAUGAAAUCAAAACCAAAAAAGAAGAGAGAUCGACAGUCUCAUCUCAGCUGAAAUCCUCACACAGUAAUGUCUACGAUAUGCAGGUGGCGGUGAUGGAUUGCAAAAGAAAACACAGAUUUUUUUUAUAGUUGAUGCCUUAUUAAGCAAUACUUGUCUGCUGGUAGCAGUUUUGUAUCAAGCAAGAUGGAUCUAUUCCUAAUUAUUGGAAAAUGUUCUGUCCAGUCUAGUUUUACAUGUUCAUACAAACUUUGUUUAAAAAGGUCACUGAAAUGUUACAAUAAUGACAAAAGGUCACUUUGUUUUUAGUUUGUCUUAUCAAUGGUCCAUUA